UGACGCUCACCAGGUUUCGAAAGCUUUCUCAGCCUCUUUUCGAGCUUCUUCUUUCUGCCGUUGUUUCUCUUUUUCGGCAUCUUUUCCGCUUCAAGUUUCUUUUCUUUCUUUCGUUCUUCUUCCGCUUGGCGCUUUUCUUUCUCUUUCGCCCGCUGCCGUCGCCUCUCUUCCCGGAGUUUCUCGUCUCUUUCACUUUUCCAACGCUCGAACAACUUCUUUGCUUGCUCUCUCCUUUCUUUUUCUUCCUCUUCCUUUUUCUUUGCUGCCUCCCUUUCUCUUUGCUUCUUUUUCCGCGCUUCUUCGAUUUUUUUCCUCAACCAUGCAUCAUGUUGGCUUGUACCGGUGGUGAAAGGGGCACUGUCGUUUGGUUCUUCAGCGGUUUUACGUGCUGGGCUUCCUGUAGGAGUCGCCUCUAUCAAAGACAUUCUUGGCACAGGUGUUGGAACGUUGAUUGGGGGCAAUGAGACUUCCGGUUCCGAAGUUACACGAAAUGUGUGCCCUGACUCCGAUGUGGAUGACCGAGAAAGAAGCUUCUUACUCGAAGUGCUGUUAUUGUUGGGGUCCUCUUCGGAUUCUUCAGUAAUUUCACUUGGUUGUCUUACACGUUGAUUUUCUCUCACGUCUUUCAUAUUCACUAGUGAUCGCCUUCGUACUUCGUUUAGCUUUGCCAAGAAUUCAUCUUCAUCGUUUAAAGCAAUGCCUUUGUUUUCCAUUGCAUCAUUGCUCUUCUGCGAAUCAGAUGAUGCUGUUCCUGGCUUUUGA